GCCCGGCCCGGCCCCUGCUGUCAACACCCGGAACUCGCAAACGAAACCGAAAGUGGCGCCGGAGCCGGGGUGAAGCGGGACGGGACGGACCCGGAGACGGCCUGAGGCGGCACAGGGCGAAACUUGCUGCCGCCGAGCCAGGUCCCGCCACCUGCGGAGGUUCGCGGGAGCCCGGACGCGGUUCAGCGCCGGCGGAAGCGUCCCGCAGCGCCGGGAUGGCAGAGGCGGCCCGGGACGAGCGCUUCCUCUACAUGAUCGCCUGCUUUAGGCCGCGGCUGAAGCAGUGCAUCCGGGUGCAGCCGGUGCUGGACCAGCUCUGCUCCCUCAGCGCCGAGGAGAAGGAGAAGGUGCGGGCGGUCGCCCUGCAGCGGGGCGAUGUGGAGGGGGCGGAGGAGCUGCUGCGGGCCGUGGAGCGGGGCCCCCGCGGCUGUGGCUGGUUCCACGAGUUCCUGCAGGCGCUGGAGAGCGGCGGCUGCAACCUGGCCGCCUGCUACUUAAACCCCAGCCUCAGCCAGCUGCCCUCGCCUGACGAGGAGGCAGACCACGACCUCUGCGUGCACUUGGUGCAACUACUCCACAGCACACUGGUGGAUAAAAUGCGCCCCGUAGAACUGGCGGAGAAGUGCUUGGAGAUGGGCAUCUUCCAGGAGGAGGACCUGGAUCGGAUCCACACUGUUACUGACAAUCGUGGGAACAGAGAUGGUGCAAGGGAGCUACUGAGCAGAAUAGUGCAGAAGAAAGGCUGGUUCUCUCCUUUUUUGACUGCUCUGCGUGAAACCCAACAUGGAAGCCUUGCAGAUGAUUUAAGUGGAAAUACAAGAGGAACAGAGAAUGGACAAAAUGGGAUGAAGAGCAGUACAAAUGAAGAAGCAGAAGUAACAAGCCAGCCAGGAUAUGCCAUACUGGAGGAUUUGAAGCCACAAGGAAAAGUGAAUAAUAGUUUCAACAAUGAGAGCAGUACAUUGGAAACAACUUCAGAUGUCUCCACAGGAGAUGGAAGUGGCAGUAGCUUGAAUGAAAACCUGGAGCAGUCCUACAAUACCAGUGAUUCAGAUGAAGAUGAUGUGGAGAACAGAACUUCACCUGAGCCAGAUUUGGUCCUGAGAGAUUACCAGAUGGAAGUUGCAAAGCCAGCCCUCAAUGGGGAGAAUAUUAUAAUAUGUCUUCCUACAGGCAGUGGUAAAACCAGAGUGGCUGUUUACAUUGCCAAAGAUCACUUGGAUAAGAAGAAAAGAGCAUUAGAGCCUGGAAAAGUGAUAGUGCUUGUUAACAAGGUGUCGUUGGUAGAACAGCACUUACAAACGGAGUUCAAGCCGUUCUUGAAGCGUUGGUAUCACGUUACUGGGUUAAGUGGGGACACUCAGCUGAAAAUCUCAUUUCCUGAAGUUGUCAGAAGGCAUGAUGUCAUCAUCAGUACAGCACAGAUCCUAGAGAACUCACUGAGAAAUGCAUCUGUAGAAGAUGAAGACAGCGUCCGCUUAGCAGAUUUUUCACUCAUCAUUAUUGAUGAAUGUCAUCACACUCAAAAGGAAGGUGUCUACAACAACAUAAUGCGGCGUUACUUGAAAGAAAAGAUCAAGAACAAGAAGCGAGCAAAAGAAAACAAACCACUGAUCCCACAGCCUCAGAUUCUGGGACUUACAGCUUCACCUGGUGUAGGAGGUGCAAAAUCUCACUCAAAAGCUGAAGAGCAUAUUCUCAAAAUCUGUGCCAAUCUUGAUGCCUCUAGAAUCAUGACUGUUGAAGAGCAUGCCUCCCAGCUGCAGAAUCAGGUGAAAGAACCCUAUAAAAAAAUUGUGAUUGCAGAUGAUAAAAGAAAGGAUCCAUUUAGAGAGAGAAUUACUGAGAUCAUGACAGACAUUCAAAACUAUUGCCAGCUCCAUCCAAAAUCUGAGUUUGGAACUCAACCUUAUGAACAGUGGGUGAUAAGAGAAGAGAGAAGAGCUGCUAAAGAAAAGAAACGCAAGGAACGGGUCUGUGCAGAACACCUGAAGAAAUACAAUGAUGCUCUCCAGAUAAAUGACACCAUCCGAAUGAUAGAUGCAUACAAUCACCUCUGUAACUUUUAUAAGGAGGAGAAAAGUAAAAAGAUGGUAAGGACCAGUAAUGAUGAUGAUGAAGAACCAGGAGUAACAAAACAGGAUGAAACAGAUGAAUUUCUAAUAGGUUUAUUUGAUGCAAAAAAGAAAGAGCUGAAAGACUUGGCUAGAAAUCCAGCCUAUGAAAAUCAGAAGCUAAUCCAGCUGCGAAACACUCUAAUGGAGGAGUUCGCAAAGACUCGGGAACCCAGAGGAAUUAUUUUCACAAAGACUCGACAAAGUGCCAUUGCUCUGUUCCAGUGGAUUGAGGAUAACCCCAAAUUUGAAGAAGUGGGAAUUAAGGCCCAUUACAUCAUUGGUGCUGGACAUAACAGUGAAACUAAACAUAUGACUCAGAAUGCACAAAAGGAGGUUACUGAUAAAUUCCGAGGUGGAAAUGUAAAUUUACUCAUUGCUACCACUGUAGCUGAGGAAGGCUUAGACAUCAAAGAGUGUAACAUUGUUAUUCGCUACGGCCUCGUCACCAAUGAGAUUGCUAUGAUGCAGGCUCGUGGUCGAGCUCGAGCUGCUGAGAGCACCUAUGCGCUUGUAGCUUCCAUUGGCUCUGGAGCUGUGGAACGUGAGGUUGUUAACAAUUUCCGUGAGGAAAUGAUGUACAAGGCCAUUCAACGGGUCCAGAAGAUGCCACAAGAAGAGUAUUUAGCUAAGAUUGAGAAUUUCCAGUUGCAAAGUAUACUGGAAAACAAGAUGAAGGCAAAGAGAAAUCAGCACAAGACAUACAAGAAAAAGUCUUCAUUAAUAAAAUUCCUGUGCAAAAAUUGCCACAAGCUGGUAUGUUCUGGAGAAGAUAUUCAAGUUAUUGAAAACAUGCAUCAUGUCAGUGUGAAAAAAGAUUUCCAAAGUCUUUACCAUGCAAGAGAAAACAGGACACAGCAAGAUAAGCAUGCUGAUGAGCUGACAAAUAGGGAGAUUAUCUGUAAAGACUGUGGACAGACUUGGGGAAAUAUGAUGGUUCACCGAGGUCUUGACCUACCUUGUCUAAAGAUUAAAAAUUUUGUGGUUGUGUUUGAAGACAAAAAGACAACAGAAGAUAUUUUUAAGAGGUGGAAAGAUCUGCCUGUUGAGUUCCCCGGGCUUGAUUAUGCAGCAUAUUGUUCUUCGAGUGAUGAAGAUUAAGAACUUGGAAUGAAAAUAAAAGCCAUUUUCAACUUUUCCCUAACUACUGAUUAGAAACUCCUGUGCUGCAUCAUAAAGAUUGUGAAAACUCCUGGGCCUGAGAAUGAUGACUUGGAGUGGGUAAAAAAACUCAAGGAAAUAGGAAGAUGAAGUCACACAGUUACUGUCUGAUCUCAGAUUUGCAGUGGUAACAGAACAAAGACAUGGUAACAUGACAAAGAUGUGCAGUCAUGCAUCAAUGGAACAAAUGCCCAUCUCUACUCAGUACAAUCCAUCUUAGUGUGACAACACCAUCAGAAGCAUGUAAGGUGACCUGCUGCCAGGCACAAAACAUAGGACAGACCUCUUGAACGUGCCACGGUGAUUAUUUUCUGGGUUUCUUCCUGCUGUAGCCCUUUUGAAGAUAAAUGUGCCUCAAAAGGGGAGCCAUGUAAAGAGGAUAGCUUAGCUGAGUAUUUCUGAAUAAUCACUUUGUCACUGCUUUCAUGACUGAGCUCUUCCCCUCUAUGUUUUCACAGCUCAAAAUUAGGUAUCCAUUAAAAGACACUUCAAAAAUUCAAGGCCUUAA